CGCGCGCGGGGCCGGUCGGGGGGGGGGGUGGUGGUGGUGGCUGUGGCGGUGGUGGCGAUGCUGCAGCUCGGCGGGGCCCCGCCGUUCCAUGGCGCGGCCGCCGCCGCGUCCCUCCCGCGCUGAGGAGCGGAGCGGAGCGGAGCCGGGCGGCGGGCAGGGCGGCGAGCCGGCACCCCCCGCCCCAGCCCCGCACCGCCAUGCCCCGCGAACAGGCGGUCUGACCGCGCCGAGGCAGCGCCGAGACCGCCGCGCCGGGGCUGGCUCCCUGCACCGCGCCAUGGGACGCUUGGACGCCUUAUUUUUGAAAACCAUCUGAUUUUUUUGGGGGAGGAGGAGGAGGAGGAGAAGGAGGGGGGUGGGGGGGGGCGGGAGGGGGGGGGGUGGGGGGGGAAGGCGGUGGCGGGCACCGACAGCGAUCCGGGAGACUCCUGGAAGCCGGCGAGUGGAUGAUGGAUGGCCGAGAUUUCGGGCCCCCCCGCUCGGUGCACGGCCCCCCUCCGCUGCUCUCCGGGUUGGCGAUGGAGAGCCACCGCCUGGGAGCCACCGGCCGCCUGGCCCCCGCCGCCGGGCCCAUGGCCGCCGGGCUGCCCGCCGCCCUCCAGCCCGGCAAGUUCCUCGCAUCGGGCAUCAGCCUCCACUCCCACCCGGGCUUUUCCCAUCUGCCUAAUGGCCUCUACCCGUCGUACAUUCCCCUGAGCCACCUCGAGCCCCCCAGUGCCGGCAGUCCUCUCCUGGCCCAGCUGGGUCAGCACAGCCUCUUCGAGUCGCAGAAAGAUGGAUUCUACCUGUCCGGCCACGCAGGCCAGUCCGCUUUGCACCCACAGCCUCCCCUCUCGAGGACAGCGGGCAACCACACGUCGAGCACUUUGCUGCGGGAGAAGGACCUUGGGCAACUGCACAAAAGCUCGAAAGAAAGCCUGAAAGACCCUGGUGGGAAGGAACGGGCAUGCCGGAGCGAUCUGUCCCUGCCCUUUGCCAAGAAGGAGGCUAAGCCAAAGGAGGAGCCCCGGCCCCGCAGCGUGGUAGACCUCACGCAGGACACCAAGCCCGACAGCGACCGUAAAGUGAGCGUGGUGGAGAAGGCGGUGAAGGUCGGCGAGCGUCUCUCGCCGUUCUUGGCCGAGCACAUGCCAAAUCGGGGUGCGGGCGGUGGGGAACCCAAGUCCAAGAAUCCGCUGCAGAGCUCUUCCCUCAGCAACUGCAAUGGCGGUGGGGACCCCAUGCUGAAGGUCCUGGGUGCCGAGCAGGAUCGCUGUGCCAAGGAUCCUGCUCGGCACGAUGAGAACAUGAGGCCUUCCGCGCAUGCCCAUGCCGAGCGGCUGAAACGGGGGGAGCCCCUCCUGCCCUCCGUGGGUGCUUUGCACGUCUCCUGCAGCUGCCCGUCCCCGCACCCCUCGCAGCCGGGGAAGAUGACGCCGGCCACCACAUUCCCUCCACAGCCCGUCCAUUCCAGCAUGUACACCAUCUUCCCGCCGGCCAAGGAGCUGGGGAGGGAGCACAAAGUCAUCGCCCCCACCUUCGUGCCUUCGGUCGAAGCCUACGACGAGAGGAGCGGGCCCAUCCAAAUCGCCUCGCAGGCCCGCGACAACAAGGCAAAGGACAAGGACCUCGGCAAGGUGGGGGUGCUGCAGUCGCCCACGGAGCGGUGCCUCGCGGACGCCUCUCGCACGCUUUUGUCCCAGGACUUUUCUUGCCACAGUGAUGCCAAAAGGAUGGAGGCUCUGCGGGAGAAGGGCUCGGUGAUCAGGGCGAACUCCAUGGCACUGAAGAGACAGGUCACUUCGGAGCCCUUCCUCAACCGGCCGGGGCUGGGCUCUCCAGAGAGCAGGGAGUUCCUGGCCUCCAAGGACUUGCUGAAGCCAAGUCCGGAGGCAGAGCAUCGCUCCUGUGAGCGGGACCGCUUCCAGCGAUCCAGCUCCAAAGAAGCAACAAAGGUCUACGGCACUUUGGACUCUUCCCGGCAGCAUCUGGACCACGGUCAGCUGAAACCGCCUGAGCAGAAGUGGAAGCCCUUUGAGAUGGGCAACUUCGCCACCACGCAGAUGGCGGUGCUGGCCGCGCAGCACAACCACGUCACCCGGGUGGAGGAGGAAGCCAAGAAGGUCUACCUUGACCCGAGCGGCUUGCCGCGGUCCUCCGUGGUGGGCUCACGGGGAGCCGCGGAUGUCCUCCACCCCGCCUCCCAUGGAGAAGGGUCGGCCAUGCAGAGCCUCAUCAAGUACAGUGGCAGCUUUGCCAAGGAGACGGCAUCGCGGCAGAGCUGCGGCAAGAAGAGCCCCUUUGGUGGCUUGGGCAACAUGAAGUUGGACUCUUCGCAGCUGGGCGCCUCCAAGGUGCAGCAGCUGCUGUCGCAGCAGCCAGCAAAGCAGCUGAAGAGGGACCCUGAGAGACCCGAGAGUGCCAAAUCCUUUGGCCGCGAGAGCAUCGGCUCCCAGGGCGAGGUGGAGGUGAGGCACUUGCCCGUCGGCAUUGCCGUGGCCGUGGCCCGGCAGAAGGACAACAGCAGCAGCAGCAGCAGCAAACUGGGGCCCAGCUUGGCAGACCGGGAUCGCUCGCUGUCUCUCAGCAGCAUCAAAGGGCAUGGACGCUCAGAAGAUGACUGCGGGGAUGAGAGGAGCCGCCACCGCGACAGCCAUCUCCUGGCAGGGCGCUUGGAGCGGGAUCAGGAGAAGCUGCUCAGAGAGAGCAAGGAGCUGGCAGAUUUUGCCCGGAUACACCCCUCCAGCUGUGCCACGAACGGUUUGAACUCCAACCUCAUGGUGACGGGAGGCCCAGCUUUGACGGGCUCCGGGCGCUGGUCUGCAGACCCGGCUUCGCACUUGGCAGCCCACCCCUGGCUCCCCAGGACGGGGAGCCCCUCCAUGUGGCUGGCCGGCCAUCCUUACGGACUUGGUCACCCUUCCCUGCACCAAGGCAUGACUCCAGGCUUCCCCCCUGCCAUGGGGGGAGCUCUCCCUUCCGCCUACCAGUUUGCCAGAGACCCGCAGUCGGGGCAGCUUGUUGUGAUCCCCAGCGAGCACUUGCCACACUUCGCGGAGCUGAUGGACCGAGCACCCCCACUGUGGCCUGCCAUGUACCCCCCGACCAGGAGCUCCCUCCAGCACGCUCACCAGCUCCAGCUCCUCUCCCAUCAGCAGCUGCUGCGGCAGCACGAGCUGUACAUCCUGCAGCAGCAGGCGGCCCACGCCAUGGAGCUACAGAGGAGCGCCCAGCUCGUGGAGAGGUUGAAGGCAAAUGAGCAGCGUGCAGAUAUGGAAGAGAAGGUGACGAAACGUAGCCUGGACAGUGCCAAAUCAGGCCUUUCCUCCUCUGCCCCGGGACUGGUGCAUCGAAAACCACCCGUGCUGUCUCCCAGCGCCUCCACGUCCUACAGCAAGGCUGUGAGUCCACCUCCCCUCUCUCCCAGGGCCUCACCCGUGUCUGUGCUCAAAGCUGAGGUGAUCCAAAAGAUGGAGGAGCCACCUUCGCAGCCAGCCUACUCCUACCCUGCCACCCCCAGCUCCCAUCCUUCCAGCCCGCCCCCCGCCUCUCCACCCCCUGCCCCUGCCAUCCCUCCAAAGGAAGAGGCGCCCGAGACUGUGGAGAAGAAAGACCUGGAGCUGGAAAAAGAGGCUGCCGGUCCAUAUCAGGCCUUGUUCCCAGAGAUCCCCCCAGGAUAUCCAUUCCAGUCCCUGCCUCCCUCCUUUGGAAGACACUAUCCCUACCUCCUCCAGCCCACUGCGGCAUCUGAUGCGGAUGGACUGGCUCCUGACGUCCCGCUGCCUGCUGAAGGCUCUGAGCACAUGGAGCUUUCCCCAGAGGUCAAGCCCAUCCACCUGUCUCCGUCCAAAAUGCUAGAGCCCAUCCAGGCAGCAGCAGAAGAGGAGUCCUUGGAAGAGAGGGUGAAAUCAGAGGUGCAGAUGGAGGAAAGCCAAGAAAGCAUCUGUGAGCAGGAAAUGGGGACUCUGAACAUCGCCACCUCCGCAGCUGUCCCAGUGCAGAACGUGGACAAUUGCAAUCUCCUCUUGCAUCAAGGUGAAGCCCUGGGUGCUAUGGAGCAGGACCAGGAAGACCUCCAGGGCUGCCCACCUCCUUACCAGGUUGUGGCCUGCCCUGCAGAAGCAGAGGCUCAGGCAGAGACUGGGAGCGGAGCAGAAACCUGCUCUGUGCACAUGGACUAUGACGGUUCGCUCGUGCACACAGAGAAUGAGCCGCCUGAGAUGGACUUGACGUCCCAGCGGGAGGAGGCCUCUGUAGCCAUGGAUCUGCAGAGUGCCGAUGUGCCCCAUGGGAGGGAGUUUCCCAACCUGCCCCCUGAGGAGAGGGAGCAGGGGCCAGAGAUCCCUUCCUACACGGAAGAGACAAUCUCUUGCCAAAUCCCAGCUCUGGACAUCAAGCCGGGCGACCCGCUGGCUGGGAUGAAUGCUUUGGUGGCUGCCACAGAAAUGCCUCAGGCGUGUUCCUUGUUGACUACCGCCAGCAUCACUCCGUCCCAGAUGAAGGUAGAGGUGUUACCUGACCAGGCCUUGGAGCACUCCUUCCUGCAAGGGAUCACUUUGCUGAGUGAAAUUGCAGAGAUGGAGCUGGAGAAAAGGAAACAAGAAAUGCAAACAGGUCCAGAGAGUUUCCCUGUCCGGCCAACGCUGGAGAGUUUGCUGGCUGCCAGCACCCACAUGCUCAUGGAAGUACUUUCCACCCCCUUUAUGGAAAGUCUGAAAACCAUCCGGCUGCCUCGAGAGCUGAAUCCCAACAAAAAAUACAGCUGGAUGCAGAAGAAAGAUGAACCCAUGUACUCCAUCAAAUCGGCCAUCGAGAACAUGGAUGCGAUGGAGCUGGACUACAGGAUGAGGCUGGCGGAGCUGCAGCGGCGGUACAAGGAGAAGCAGCGGGAGCUGGUGAAGCUGCAGCGUCGCAGGGACUCCGAGGAAAAGCAUGACGAGAAAAGUAGAAGCUUGGCGAGAAGAGGCCCUGGAAGGCCCAGGAAGAGGAAACUUGGAUCAAGCGCUCUGUCACCCAUUAAGGAGAGAGGGAAGAGUGACAGCAAGAGUGGAAAACUGAGCAAGUCCUUGUUGCUCUCCGAAGACUCUGAGACGGGCGAGGGCAUGAAGAAGAGACACAAAGGGGCCCUCCCGGAGGAGGAUGAAGAUGUGGAGAGUGGCAGUGGCAAGAUGAAAGGGAAGAACCAGAGCUGGGAAGAGCACGAUGCGGCUCCCAGCUUCUCAAAUGAGUUAAAGCUCAAAAAGAAGAAGGUGCCAUCAGAUCAGGAGCAGCUGGCCAGCAAGCUUGACAAGGCCCUGUCGCUCACCAAACAAGACAAGCUCAAAUCCCCCUUCAAGUUUGCUGACAGCUCUGGGGGAAAGCCGAAAACUAGUGGAGGUGGCAGCAGGUACCUGCCAUCCCAUGAGCCGAGCAAGGAGGAGAAGAAGAUCCUGGCCAAGAACCUGGGCCUGUCACUGAAAACCACCAAGGAAGGUAAAAACAAAGUGGCUGCCAAAAUGAAGAAGAUGGAGGUGGGGUUAAAAGUCAAAAAUCAGCUCAAGGUUUCCCAUUCACCAGCAAUAUCUGAAGUGAGCAGCUACUCCUAUAAUACGGACUCGGAGGAGGAGGAGGAGGGAUCCCUGAGGGAUGAGUGGCCGGUGCAGCCCCCGUCUGCUCCCAAGCCGCGGCCGCCCAGUCUCUACAGUGCAGCGGCCAGGAAGGGCGGCCGGGCGGCCAGUGGCCCCAAGGCAGCCCCCCGCAGUGCGGCGGCCGGGCGGCCGCUGAAGCCGAAGGCGGUGGCGGGCCGGAAGCAGCCCUUCUGCCUGCUGCUGCGGGAGGCCGAGGCGGGAUCUUCCUUCAGCGACUCCUCGGAGGACUCGUUCGAUCAAGAUUCUAGCUCAGAGGAAGAAGAGGAGGAGGAUGAAGAGGAAGAGGAGGAAGCAGAGGACUAUGGGACCGACGGCACCGACAGGCUUUCGUCACCUGCCCUUGACGAGAGUGGCCUGGGCCUUCUAGCAAGGUUUGCCGCCAGCGCAAUGCCCAGUCCCAUUGUCCCCCCUCCGCUUUCCAUCAUCCAGCUGGAGGCCAAGCAGAAGGCAAAGAAGAAGGAGGAGCGGCAGAGCCUGAUGGGGACAGAGUUUGAAUAUACCGACUCGGAGAGCGAAAUCAAGAUCAGGAAGAAGUCACCCUCAGGGCUGCUGCGGGGAAAGAAGGGGCCGCUGGAGGCAAGCAGCAUCCCACCAAGCCAGGCCCCCAGCAGCCUCGACUCCGGAUCUGGAAGUGCUGACAAGGCCAAGCUUGGGUCUGAGAAAGGCCGUAAGCUGAAGAAAUUCAAGUCUCCCAAGGACUUGAGCUUUGAGUUUGGGCUGGAGGCCAGCGAUGAUGACCUGUGGAACCGGCGCCGGAGCGAGCGGAUCUUCCUUCACGAUGCCACCACUUCCUCGGCCAUGCUGACUCCCGUGGCGCCUGCCAGCUCCACUCCUGUCUCCAAGCCUGGACGCUGUGGCAAGGGGGCACCUAUGAGCCCCAAAAAGGAGGGCAGCAAGGGGAAGGAGAGGAAAGAGCUAAGCAAGCAGCGGAAGAAGGGUAAAGAAACACCAUGCUGCUCCUCCUCCUCCUCCAUGUCUCCUCCUGGCAUCCCUAGCUCCCCAUCCGAUGUUCGUGUCAGCCUGGCAAAUGCCCUGGGCUCUACCAAGAAGAGCAAAGCCAAGGUGAAAGCCAAGGAGGUGAAAAAAGAGAACCGAGGGAAAGGAGGAGCUGUCAGCAAGCUCAUGGAGAGCAUGGCAGCAGAGGAGGAUUUUGAACCCAACCAAGACAGCAGCUUCUCAGAGGAUGAGAACAUCCCACUGAGCAUGCUGGUCGAGCGACCGCCCACACCAGCUCCCCGCUCCUGCAUAAUUGACAAGGAUGAGCUGAAAGACGGUCUGCGUGUCCUCAUCCCCAUGGAUGACAAGCUGCUCUAUGCUGGGCAUGUCAAGACGGUGCAUUCACCAGACAUAUACCGUGUGGUGGUGGAAGGCGAGAGGGGAAACCGUCCCCACAUUUACUGUCUGGAGCAGCUCUUGCAGGAAGCGAUCAUUGAUGUGAAACCACCUUCAGUGCGAUUCCUGCCCGAGGGCACGAGGAUUGCAGCCUACUGGAGCCAGCAGUACCGCUGCCUCUACCCAGGGACAGUUGUCCGAGGAGCCCUGGAUCUGGAGGAAGAUGGUGAUCUCAUCACAGUAGAGUUUGAUGAUGGUGACACGGGACGUAUCCCACUGUCUCACAUUCGGCUUCUCCCGCCUGACUACAAGAUCCAGUGUGCUGAGCCUUCCCCAGCCCUUUUGGUGCCCAGCACCAAGCGCCGUAGCCGUAAAUCCAGCAAAGACACUGGAGAAGUAAAAGAGGGAGCUACGCUGGGGUCAGAGGAGCCCGUGUCAAAGGGCAAAGGGCGAGGGAGAAAGCCAAGCGUCAAGGCAAAAGCUGAAGAGGCCUCCUUGCCAGAAGAGAAGGAUCAGGUUGAGCCUUCACCUGUUGCCUCUUCAGUCCCAGAGAAGCCAGCCUGCUUGGGCAAGGCAAGCAUGAAGGGGUCGCGAAAAUCGCAACCGCUGCCGACUGGAGGCUCUCCUGCCCCCACAGAGGAAAAGCGGUCAAAAGCCAGCAAAAUGAAGAUCUCCACUAAGCUGCAUAGCCCCCCACAACCCACUUACCAGCCUGCUGUGUUUGGCAGCAUCCUCGGCACAGAGCCCUACAGCGACCUCCCGGGGACGCUGGCGGCCUUCGGCUCCAGCGAUGCUUCAGCGUCGAAAGCCAAGGCCAAGAAAGGGCGGCCCACGGAAGAGACGCAGGAGUUUGGCGCCAUUGUCAAGGCUCAGAGGAAGCAUGACAAUGAAAUCCUGAUCAAGCUGGACCAUGAGGGCGUGAUGUCUCCAAAGACAAAGAAGAUGAAGGAGGCGAUGAGGAUGCUGGAGGACUCAAACCUGGCCAGUCGCAGAGACAGCAAGAGUCUGUUGGGCCUGGGCUAUUCCCCUGCAGUGGGUGCGGAGGGCAAGCAGAAAUCUUCCCGAGCCAAAGCAGCUGAGGGAGACCCUUCCCCUGCCAGCUUCGGAGGAAAGUUCGAUGGCUCAGUGGAAAGCCUCACUGCUUCGAAGGACCAGGAAGAAAAGGCGGCAGCUCCAGCAGCCGUGGAGGAGUCCGAGAGCAACAGCAGCGACAGCAGCUCAGAGUCGGAGGGGGAAGAGGAGGCUGAGAAGAACCAAGGGGAAGCCCAGGACAGCAGCUCGGCCAGCUCAAGAGCAUCCACCCCUCUCUCUUCCUCCAACUCCUCCUCCUCUUCCUCAUCUAGCAGCAGCUCCUCUUCAUCCUCUUCUUCCUCAUCUUCCUCGGCCUCAUCGACCUCUUCUUCAUCGAGCUCCAGCUCUUCUUCCUCCUCCACUACGGAUGAAGACUCAUCCUGUAGCUCUGAUGACGAAGUAGCUGAGGCCCAGCCAAGUUCCUCAGUGCAGCAAACCCUCCCACCCAAGCAAACCAAGCAGGCAGGGAAAUCCCGUGCGUCCUCCCACCCUCAGAGCCAGAAACAGCCGGCGCAGCAGCCGGUGCAACAGCCGGCACCACAGCAGAGCGGCAACAAGAGCAGGCCCAAAAAACGCGAGGGCAUCCACCUGCCCACCACCAAGGAGCUGGCCAAGCGCCAGCGACUGCCGUCGGUGGAGAACAGGCCCAAGAUUGCUGCUUUUCUCCCCGCACGGCAGCUGUGGAAGUGGUUUGGGAAACCCACACAGAGACGAGGAAUGAAAGGGAAGGCCAGGAAGCUCUUCUACAAGGCCAUCGUUCGGGGCAAAGAGAUAAUCCGCAUAGGAGACUGUGCGGUCUUCCUCUCAGCCGGCCGCCCCAACCUGCCCUACAUUGGCCGGAUCCAGAGCAUGUGGGAGUCGUGGGGGAACAACAUGGUGGUCCGAGUCAAAUGGUUUUAUCACCCAGAAGAAACCAACCCUGGGAAGAAACUCAAUGAAGGCAAGCGCUGGGAUCAGAAAUCGGGCAGGAGUCUGUCCACAGCUUUGCAGGCAUCCAACCAGAGGAAGGACUUUAUGGAGCGAGCCCUCUACCAGUCCUCUCACGUGGAUGAAAACGAUGUCCAGACCAUCUCACACAAGUGUCUUGUUGUUGGUCUGGACCAAUAUGAGCAGAUGCUAAAGACGAAGAAAUACCAAGACAGUGAGGACCUCUACUACCUUGCUGGGACCUAUGAGCCCACUACGGGCAUGAUCUUCAACACCGACGGGGUCCCUGUCAUCUGCUGACUGCCCAGGGGACACGUGCCACCCCCUGGGAAGGGACGGGACAAACCUGAGGACGUGCCUGUUCAGACGACAUGAUUGUUUCUUUCAAUGCUCAUGACUUCUGUGUCACACUACAGACAGGAGAGCGCGAGAGACACAAGGAGGAAGGAGAGGGCUGAAGAAAGGGAUUGGGGGAGCAGUUACAGGACUUGAGGAAGAUGCCCUUGGGUGAUGGUGGUGUUUGAACCCCAAGGCUCUUCUGGAAGUGGCUUUAAGUAAGGUGACACUUGGCCAACUUCUCCCUUCCUCCUUUUGGUCCAGGAAAGCACAUGGGUCUCAUGAUCAUUUCACCAGCGGGACCCCCCCCCAGCAGGAGGGAUCCCUUUUGUGUCAUUUGCCCCCAUCAGUAACUCGGAAGCUGCCUGUAUGUGGAAGGACACCCGCUAGCCUUCUGCGUACGCUCCUCUCCGUCCUUAUAUUCCCUUUCCUGCUUAGUUUCGCAUGACCCUUUAGGAAGGACAGGGUGAAAGAGAAAGGAGAUGAGUCUCUCUCAGCGCCUCGUCUCGAUCCUCUCAGCGCCUUUUUACGGUUCCCUUUCCCUGGAGGCCCGUGGCCGGCAGCGUGGAGCAUGGCAGAGCUGGCCCCAGCACGGAGAUGGCAGAAGAGGUCCUCCAGGCUGGCAGGAGCUGUGUGGAAGAUGAGCCAACAUCCAGACUGGGAUGCUGCCUUCCCCCUGCCUUGAACAAACGGUCUGAACCCACCUUCCCCAUCCCUCCGCAUCCCUCCUGCCCUGAAAAGGUGCUGGGGGGAGCAAGUGCAUGGUGAUGGGGUGACACUUGGCGAACAAAGAACUCGUCUUGGAGCGUGCAGUGAAGGAGGGCAGAAAAUAAUUGGGAAAAGCUGCUGCUCGGUGCUUGGAGCAGAGGAGACCACAGGCCAUUGGAUUUUGGCAUCCCUCACCCAGCUUUACCGCCCAUGAUAUGCCUGAGCACAGACGUGGAGCUGCUGGGAAGCCCUCGCCCCUCAUUUGAAGGGAAGGGGGAUAGAGCGUGAAGCCCGGCCAUGCCUCCCUGCGGCGACUCCACAGCCAGAGCCCCACUGCCACCUUGGGCUUGGGGAGGGGACCGUUCAGCUUGCUCCAUCCAGCCGGCCAACCUCCCCAUGGCUCCCGGAGAGCCGCCGCCAUCGCCUGCUCCCUCCCUCUGCGGAGCUGACCCACCGUCUCGCUCCCGCUGGCCACACGCCGGACCCGUGGCGUCACCGCUGCCGCAGCAGGGUUGCACCCGGCCGCAGGGGACACCAGAGGAGAACCACGCAACGAUGCACCAUCCUUGCACUUAAAACACACACACACACAAAAAAAAACAAAAAACAAACAAACAAAAAACAACUCCAAGAGACGCACUGAUCUUUGCAACUACCGACUCGCACUACAGAUUGCUAGGACGCGGAGCGGGGCCCGGCUCGGCCGGGAGCGACGGCCCAGGCUCCGGUGGGGAGACGCUUAAGGACAGAUUGGAAACUAUCCGCCCUGGUAUCGGCUGCGUACCAGAGACUGGAGGCCGGGGCUCAGGGGAGGGGGACACCCCUGCGAAUUUACCCCUCGUCCUUUAAACGAACCACAUGGUGCUGAGCUCGUACCAUCUCCACCCCGGGCCGCCGGCGCCUCGGAUAGUCACGGUUCUAGCCUGUACAGUUUUAAUGUACCAAAAGACUCUUUAGCCCUCCUGUAUUAUAAGUCUUUAAAUGGAUUCAACUUUUUAAUUAUAAAUAUAAAUAUAAAUAUAUAUAUAUAAAUAUAAACUUUUUAAAACUGUGAAAAAAAUUAUGAAAUUAUAAAAAAAAAAAGGAAAAAAAAAAAAACCAACGACAGAAAUGAACACAGUCUGACGUUUAGAAUAUUAUUUUUUAUUUCCUGUUGGAUUGUGAUUGUAAAUGAUCUGGGAACAGGCACACCCCCCACGCUCAAAGUGUACUGUACUUCUAGAAGCAAAUUGUGUGAGCAUAUUUUAACGAGCGAGAGAGAGAGCGCGCGAGAGAGAUUUUAUGCUAAUGUUAAAUAGAAAGCACUUAAAACCCACUGCCUUCUAUGGAACACAAGGAUAUUUCAGACAAUCGAGAGGAAAGGAGAGCCAGGUUUUUGUCUUUUUUUUUUUUUGUUGUUGUUUUGUUUUGUUUAUGUUUUGUUUAAAACAAUUUUUUUGGCAUUCUGUUUGUUGGAGAACUCUGUGUGAUCUUUUUUCAUAAAAAAAAAAAAAAAAUUAAUUGAAAAAAAGCAACCCAA